AACUGUGUUCGGCAAGCUUAGCAAUGGAUGUACGUCUCAGUGGUCUUGCUGUAGCUAUGCUGCUUCUUUCAGUUUGUUCUUGCCAAGGCCAGGGUUUGUUUUCUUGUCCCUCAGAUGCAGAGAUCGAGCCCUGUCAGUGCUAUCCUCGUUCAAAUGGCGUUAGCAUUUACUGUACAGCAUCAGAUCUAAGCCUCAUCAACGAUGCUUUGGGCAGAAUCAACGCCCCCAUUCAAUUGCUUAUGAUUUCAAAUGGAAACUUCCGGACGCUUCCUGCAAACGGUCUUUCGAAUGUCAUCGACGCUAGGACCAUCAGCUUUCACGACUGCGGCAUCGAAUUUAUUGACGAUCACGCCUUUGAAAAUAUAUCAGGGUUGCAACAUUUGGAAUUUGUCAAUAACAAACUAACAGAGAUCCCAAUUGCGGCCAUCCUCAAUAAAAAGCAACCAGGAGUGGAGAUACUUGAUUUGUCUGCCAAUGAGAUAUCUGAGCUCAUACCCAACAUGCUACUGCCGUUGAAUAGCUCACUGGUCACUUACGCUCUGAGCGAGCUGCGCUUAUCCAACAACCACCUGAGCAGACUUGCAGCCGACACGUUCGCAGGUUUAGAUGCCCUCGAAGAGCUUGAGCUAUGGAACAACGAUAUCGCGCAGGUGGAGAUGGGUGCAUGGAACGGGCUGGAAAGCCUUCGUGAAUUACACCUAGACAAAAACGCACUGACGCGAAUCGACAAACGCGUUUUUUCUGAUAGCCUUCCUGUUUCACUUCGCCAACUACAGCUCGGAUGCAAUCGAAUUAGUGAGAUAGAUUCGCAGUCUAUCCCAAAGCGUGUCGCCAACCUUGAUCUGCGUCAUAAUCAACUCACAGACCUUCCAAACCGAAUGUUUUUCAAUAAUAAAAUCCUUGCUAUUUUUGAUGUGAGUUACAAUUCACUGACGACUUUGAGAAAGGAAAUAUUUGCGACACAGCCUCUUACGAUAUUCAAUCUUAAAACAGCAAAUCUAUUUCUUCACAAUAAUGCAAUUAGUACGAUAGAAAGUGGCACAUUCAGCACUCUGCCUUUCCUCUGGAACCUUUAUCUAAACAAUAAUAACUUGUCGUCAGUUACAUCUGAAGCAUUUAUGGGUGCGACUUCUAUAGGCAGGUUGCAUUUGGAGCAUAACGUGAUUAGUCGCAUUGAGGGGCAGGCUUUCAGUCAGCACGGGCUGCUUAGAAACCUGUAUCUAAAUCAUAAUCGUUUGGAGCAAAUAGAUGAUGGAGGUCUUGAUGGAUGUCAAAACAUGCAAUACCUGCAAUUGGACCACAAUAACCUAUUGUCUAUCCCCGAAUCUGCGUUGCGUCACUUACCAGAACUAUACUUCGUCAAACUCAAUAACAACAGACUAACAACUCUAUCGCCCCUGUUAUUCGCAGCCAGUGAUCGGACAAUAGAAGGACUAUGGCUGCAGAACAACUAUUUGAAAGACAAUGCUUGGCCGGCCAUUACGCGGCUAGAGCGCGACCGCGAACUAGACCUGUCUAUGAACAAUCUCAGUUUUAUACCGUCUGAAGCAUUCAGGAAUACUGAAGUACUUGAUACCAUAGUUUUAGCAGGAAAUCGCAUAGCAAGCAUUGGAGAAAAAACAUUUAGUAGACACAACUACAUUGACUUGAGUUAUAAUGACCUAACAUCAGUACUUUCCAAAAGUUGGCUUCCUGGACUGAAACCAAAUAUCAUCGUAUUAAAAGGUAAUCCUCUUUACUGUGAUUGUAAUUUGGCCUGGCUAGACAACAUCUCAAGCAAUGCUAGCGAUGCUGUGUGCGCAUCGCCUGAGAAAUACGCUGGCAGUCCGUUAUAUGAGAUCGAACCGCAACAACUGGUCUGUCCAAGCGCUAUAGUAAAAAUACAAGAUCUCUUGACCACCGAUGUGUCCAUCGCUAUAUAUUGGAUUGUUGAUCAGCCACAGCAUGCAGAGGCGUAUCGUGUCAUGUACUAUGAGUACCCCGAAGGUGAGGCGUACGUCGUUGACCGCAUUGACAGCGAGUUUACCUCAUACAAGAUUCAAUAUCUAAGCGAAGCCACAACGUACACGUGCUGCAUCGCUGUAUACGUGGAGUCGCCGGAAGGACUGGCGGUUCAUGACGAAGAAUGCGUCAAUAUUCGUACGAUGGCCAGCACAAACUCGUGCGAUGCCGCGACCAGGAUCUCAGUCGUCAGCAUUCUAAUCGUUACUUUUGUCGGCUAUUUGUCAGUUAUCAGCAGCUAAUCCUACACUUAUCGUAAAGCUAUGAUGUCGAAAGAGCCAAUUAAAGUAAAGCCUACGUGUAUACAUCAUUUCACGGUUUCACGAUUUUCCUGUAUUGUGUAACAGAAUGUAAUUUUAACGUUCGCAGCACUAUAAUAUUUCUAUGUUUAAUUGCUAUACGUUAUUUUCCAGUUCAUUAUUUAGUUUGCACCGCAGUAUAAAUAAAUAAGCGCUAGGUUACGGUAAGGGUGAUAAUUUCAUACGAUCACAAUGUCACCAGAAUGUAUAACAUUAUUCUUACUCAAUCGGACGCCCCUGCGACAUAGCCUGGCUAAAAUCGUGUCUGUAUCUCAGUCUGAUACAUAACUGUUCGAAAGCGGAAUGUGAUAAUAGAAUGGCGGAACGAUUUUCUGGAAACGGAUUAAUUCUACAGUGUUCGGAAUGUU